UCUCUCUCUCUCUCUCUCUCUCUCUCUCUUCUGGUUUUCUCUCUCCUUCGUUUCAACGGGCGAGGAUUUUUCGAAACCAGAAAAAAAAAAAAAAAAAGUUUCAUGUUUCAGAGAAAAGGGUUCUGGAAUCAAUUGGGACACAAUCGAUGAGCUUCAAUUUGAUUCCCUCUACUUCUUCGCAACCAGAGCAGGGGAGAAGUGAAGUUCCGAUAGAGGAGUGCUGCCUUGUGAAUAAGCAAUCCACGGCUGCGUCGAGCUCGGAUUCCGAAGGAAGUGAGAGUCCUGUUCUUAAGUCCCCCGGGAUUGGCAGCAGCCCGGCAGAGGCUUCUCCAGUUAACAAGAGGAUCACUGGUCCUAUUAGGCGAGCAAAGGGUGGUUGGACUCCACAGGAGGAUGAGACAUUGAGGAAUGCAGUUGCAAAGUUUAAGGGGAAGAACUGGAAGAAAAUAGCUCAAUAUUUUCCUGAUAGAUCAGAAGUGCAAUGUCUGCAUCGGUGGCAGAAGGUUCUAAAUCCAGAACUUGUUAAAGGACCAUGGACUCAAGAGGAGGAUGAUAAAAUCGUUGAACUGGUAGCAAAGUAUGGACCUACAAAAUGGUCGUUAAUAUCGAAGUCUUUGCCUGGUCGUAUAGGAAAACAAUGCCGAGAGAGGUGGCACAAUCAUUUAAAUCCAGAUAUAAAGAGGGAGGCUUGGACGUUGGUGGAGGAAUUAGCCCUUAUGCAUGCCCACCGAAUGCAUGGGAACAAGUGGGCCGAAAUAGCUAAGGCUUUACCUGGAAGGACUGAUAAUGCAAUAAAGAAUCAUUGGAAUAGUUCCUUGAAGAAGAAAUUAGAUUUCUAUUUAGCAACUGGGCAACUUCCCCCGCCACCAAAGAAUAGUUACCCGAAUGUUCCUAAAGAGACAAAUAGAUCCAUUGCAACUAGAAGAUUGCUUGUUGGCUCAGAUAAAGGAUCAGAUUCAACUGCUCGGACAUUACCUGGAAAUGCAGACACACGUAAAAUAGAUGAAGAUGGCAAGGAUCAAUUGCAGUCCUCUGAACCUCUUGACAUGGACAUGUGUGCUUUCUAUUUGGCGACUGGGCAACUUCCACCAGUACCAAAAAAUAGUUUCCCAAAUGAUGCUAAAGAGACAAAUAGAUCCACUGGAACUACAAGAUUGCUUGUUGAUUCGGAUAAAGGAUCAGAUUCAACUGCUCACACAUUGUCUGUAAAUGCAGACACAUGUAAAAUAGAUGAUAAUGGCAAGGAUCAACUGCAGUCCUCCGGCUCUCAGGACAUGUGCGGUUCAUCAAGUAUUCUUCCAGAUGAACAUGCUGAUUCUGAAGUCGUAGAGUGUAGGCUAAGAUUAUCUCUUACAGAUCCUAGUUGCAGCAACUCAGAGUCGGUGCCAAAAUUCACGAACUUUGCUGUAAACAGCAAGCCUCAGAUUGAGAAUUCAGGUAUUAACAGUGAGCGGAAGUAUGAGAAUUCUGAAUUCAACAGUCAAAAAGUUGAAGACAAAGUUGACAGCGCAACUGUGCCAGUUGAAACUCCUAGCUAUGGUUCAUUGUACUAUGAACCACCACCAUUGGACAGCUCUAUUCCGUUAGAUUCAGGGCUUCCAAACUUGCAUUGCUUUCAGCACGACUACAAGUCUAGUCCGAACUCGUCACCUAUUAGUUUCUUCACUCCUCCUACUGCAAAGAGCAGUGGUUUAUAUAAUCGAAGCCCUGAAUCAAUUUUGAAAAUAGCUGCUAAGACCUUCCCCAACACUCCUUCUAUUUUGCGGAAAAGAAAGUCUGCCCAAGGACAUUUACCUCCUAACAAACUUAGGAUAGUUGAUAGUGAAUCAGUCAGGGAAACGCUUAUUGUUCCCGAAGAACAGGAAAGAAACAAAAAUAGUGUGGAACUGUCUGGGUCUCAAGAUGUAAGUUUGUGUGACAGUCCAACCAGUCAAGGUAUUAAUACCUUGACUGGGUCUCAAGAUGUAAGUUUGUGUGACAGUCCAACCAGUCAAGGUAUUAAUACCACUGGUCCUAAUGGUAAGGCUUUUAAUGCAUCUCCUCCAUACCGUUUAAGAUCCAGGAGGACUGCUGUUUUCAAGUCUGUGGAGAAACAACUUCAGUUUACAUGUGAAGAAGAGUAUGCUGGUAAUUCCAAACCUGUGGGGUUAUCUGCAAAUGGGGGCACUGCUGUCACCAAAGAUUGUUCCCAUGCAACAAAGAUGGGAGUUACCUAGGGCACACGCUGUACAAAGGAGGGAGAUGCUAUUGAAGUUGGCAGACACUUUUGAACUGGUGAUUUCCAAGUGCACAGAGCUUUUGAAACGUGAUAGAUUAUAUUGAUUUAUCUGAAGACACCCUGGUUUUAGAUCUUCAAUGAAAUUGAAAUCUUGCAAAUACACAACUUGUUAUUAGUUACAUAGUGGGGAGUGCAUCUUCAGCAGACACCAGCUUGACAAAAUCCAGGGCAGUGGGGAUUCUGUAAUGUGUAGAAUAAUAUUGAUAGGCCCCAGAUGAUAGUGAAGAUAUAUUCUUUUUGGUACAUUAUUCUUUAGUGAAAAUAUAUUUACUGUACCCAGAUUUGUACAGAAAAUCCACCAUGGAGGAGCAAUGAUGCUUCAUGCUUGAAAAUUUUUUGUAAUGAAAGCGUAGCUCCUAUCUUAAUUUGUCUCAA